AUGUUUAGAAACUUGGUGAUUGUUUUAUUCCUUGGUGUUGUGACUGUACAAGCUGAUUUGUACUGUUACGACGAUGUUAAAUCAGAGUGUGCUUCAAAUACAUACAAACCAGUAUGCUCUACAACGUUUGGCAACUUCCCGAACGUCGUAAAUAAAUUCCAGCAAUAUGCCAAUACACAUUUGGCACGUUCAAUGCAAUCAUUAAUGGUCGCCACGCAUUUCUCUAACUAUCAAAUGAUGCGACAUGGUUUCCAUUGUUUAUUCUCCGACUUUUCCGAUACACUUUUUGACCAAUUCGUCAGUUUAAUGCGUUAUAUGAAUGAUCGUGGUCUUACGCAUGAUUUCACCAAAUGUUCUGCUCAUGAUGAGACUCAUGGUAACUUUGAAUUGUACGAAUUGGAAUCGUUGAGUUACAUCACUGACGUCGAGAAGAAGUUAGCACAGGACGCACUUGAUUUAGAUUCAUUGGUUGGUGGUAGUGAUGCCAGGUAUCAUGAUGCUGAUGCUUCUUUCCAUCUGGCGACCAAGUAUGCGUAUAGGCAUCGCACUAAUGUGAAGACAUUCGCUGGUUAUUACGUGAAGUUGGAGAAGAUGUUGACGAGCAAGAAUCAAAUGUUGGCUAUGUAUGAUUUUGAUGGGUAUUUGGCACGCAUUUAUUGUUGA